AAUUUCAAGAAAUAAACUGACUUUGAUCAAAAUUUAGACGUUUUAUUAUUUUCUUGAAAUUUCUCAAUGUUUCCUUCUGCUAAAGUAAUUAAAACAGAAGAUAAUGACAGCAAAGACAGACAGAGUUUGGAUUGGUUAUCUCUUGGAAGUUUCCAAUCUGAGUUAGCAAGUCAAAUUAAUCAACAGCCAACUGGGAAUGAAGAUGAUAUUGAGAAGAUUACAGAAAGAUCGUCUUCAGCUUCAGAAUCCCCAGUACAGGAAUAUCACAAAAAGAAAAAGAAGGAGAAAAAGAAGCAUAAAAAGAAAAAGAAGAAAUCAAAGGUGACAUCACCUGAAAGAAAAAAUACUCUUGUCAACACUGUCAGAGAAGUUUUAUUUAAGGGAAACAAGGUAUUCAUUGAAGAAAUUCCAGAUUUAGAUUCUAAAGAUGCUUAUAGACUAGACAGAAAGUCAGACAUUAAUACAUGGAAUUAUGGGUCUCUGUAUAAAGGUCAUGUGGCCAAGUACCAUGGAAACCUGCAUGACUGUAUUGGUUCAUCAUUUGCACGUAAGGUGAUGAUGAAAGAAAAUAAACAAUCGAAAAAGACAGAUUUUAAUAGAUACUGCAGUAAAGAAAGUCGUAAACUUUAUCUGAGUAUUCCAGUGCAAAGGUUAUUACCUCAAGUUCAAAUAAGAGAGGAACAGCUAGAUGUCAUCAGCGUGAAAGACACUGCCGUGCUAAAUGAAAAAAGUGAUAUUCGUGAACGAUUAAUGGACGAUGCCACAUCAUUAUAUAUUCAAGGAAAAGGAAAAGAAAGUGUUAAUGAUGAACCUGAGGUUACUCAAGAGAAUGCUAUUUUGUACAAAACUAUAGCAGAAUUCAACAGAAAAACUAGAGAGAGUCCGAAUGAUGUCACUCUAUGGCUAGAAUUUGUAGAUUUCCAAGAUAAAGUGGUUUUAGAAGAUUCCAGCAAUAGAAAAAUAAAAGAAAAUAACAUCUUAGAAAAGAAAAUUUCUAUCAUAAAGAAAGCCAUGGAAGCUAAUCCAGCAUGCAUUAAACUUAAAAUGAAAUAUUUAGACUUAUGUAAGGGAACUAUGUCACCUGAUAUUGUCUCCAAGGAAAUGGAGCAAUUAUUGUUCAUCCACCCAACAAAUAUGUUGCUAUGGCAACAGUAUUUACUUUUCCAUCAGAGUUGUGUAUCCAAAUUUACAGUAUCAAAAGUCUGUAAAGUUUACCAUGAUUGCUUUAAUAAACUGCAUGGAUAUAUGGAUGGGAAAUUACACACUCAUACUGUCAACAAAAACCUUCAUCAGGAAGUUUUAGAUGUGUUCAUACAAUAUUGUUACUUCCUUAAACAAGCUGGUCAGAUAGAGAAAGCUGUGGCCAGUUUCCAGGCCCAGAUAGAGUAUAAUCUGUUUUGUCCCUCUUCAGUACAAGGCAUGCAUGAAGAAAGCAUGUACCUGUUUGAAAGCUUCUGGGACAGUGGAGUGGCAAGAGUUGGAGAAAGUGGCGCCAAAGGUUGGAGUUACUGGUACACAAAUAAAGAGGUAGUACCUGAAUCACAGGCUACAGAAAAUACAAAUUUGGAUGACAUUGAACAAAGUAUAGUGAAAAAAGAACAACUUAAAUGGAAAAUUUGGAAGGAAAUAGAAAUAACGAGACAAUCAGCUCAUUGGUUACCAUGGAGACCAGAUUUAUCAAAGGAUGAGACAGAAGAGGAUUGUGAAGACUUGGAUCGUCUCGUCUUGUUUGAUGACAUCAACAGCAUACUGAUGUUUUUCCCAUCAUCCCUCCAUUUCCUCUUGGUGACAUCUUUCCUCCAAUUUCUAAAUGCUGGAAUUGAAAGCCAAUCUGUUUUACCUCCGUGUUCAAUCGAUAACUUACAAAGAAUUAUAAAUAAUACAGAAAUAAUCCUGGUUCAAGAUUACAUGACUAAUUCUGAAAUGAAGCUAGAAAUUAUAAAGUGUUUUUUGGAUCAAAUGAUAGAGAAAUUUGAUGGUGAAGAUAAAACAACAUUUAUUUUACACAAAAUGUACCUUCACUUUCAGUUAUGUCAAAAUGAAAGUAAGAAAAUAAGUAAAUUUAAGAAAUUUGUCAAAGGCAUGUUAAAAGAAGAUCACUGCAGAAGUAAUUUAAGUGUAUGGAGUGCUUAUUGUGAUAUUUUAUGCAAAUGUGGUUACCAUAAUGAGGCUAUUGUUGUCAUAGAGACUGCUUUGUCAUUGGUUACUGAUGAUACACAGAAACAUAGUAAAAUAAAACUUUACCGCAUGCUUACCGAGCUAUAUUUAGGAAUAACCUCAGAUGAAAAAGAGGCUACAAUAACAUGUGAUCUUGGUAAGGCACAAAAUGUUUUGGUAUGCUUCAUUGAAGAUACAAAAUAUGUAAAAUCUGAUGUGGACAUAUCUGCCAUUUCUGUUCUGCGAUGGAGGAAAAAAUUGGAAAGUUUAUGUGAUAGCAGCAUGGAAAGUAUGACAACAAUUAACAAGGUGCAAGAUCUGUCAAAAAGUGAGCUCAAAUACAUCAGUGAUACUUUUAAACUGCUUUCAUUGUUUGAAUAUAGUUUUGGGAAGUAUGAGCUUGAGAUGGCUUCAGUAGUGGUAGAAGAUGCAGUCAAUCAUCUACAGGAAUUCAUAAAAGAGGAGAAAAUUGAGGAGAACAUAAAAGAGAAAAUGAAAAAUGUGAUGGAAGACCUCUUUUACUUUUCCAUUAGAUUAUCAAAACACCACAUGGCUGUAAAUAUAACGCCAUUGUCAUCUUUACGGCAGAUCGUACAACAUGCCAUGAAGAUUUUUCCAGAGAAUCCAUUUUUUUUACAAGUAUUUAUUGAUAUUGAAUUAAAAAUGUACAUUUCUGGAAGACUAGACCGAUAUUUCAGCCAUACCAUUAGAUCCGUAGAUUCACCGAUUCCUGUGAUAUUUGCUGUGUAUUCCAUACUGUGUAGACAGUCAGCUAUAGAUAAACAGUUAUAUACAGGGGAGGUAACUGUGUCAUCUGCAGGUGGAUUGAUCAAUCGUAUCAGAUCAUACCUAGAGAGGGCGCUAGGAAAUACAUCUGUCUGUCAGUGUCCAUUGGUGUGGAGGCUAUAUCUUCAUUCUGAGGUACAGUUUGGUAACCUUACUAGAGCAAAGGGUAUAUUCUACAGAGCUCUUCAGUCAUGCCCUUGGUCAAAGGCCCUAUAUUUAGAUGCUGUGUCACUGUUUACUAAAGAUAAAUUAGAUGAGAUUGUGGACCUGAUGACAGAGAAGGAAAUCAGACUGCAGAUCCCACUGGAAGAGGUCGAUAUCUUAAUGGAAGAUGUCACGGAUAAUAAUUAACUUUAAAGAUCAGAAAACUUUGGCUGAUUAAUAAAUUAAUUGUACUAAU